AUGAAGCUCGCUACUCUAUUCUCCACGCUCUUCGGAUCCCUCGCCGUAUUUCUUGCCGCCUCCGCCAACCUCGUCAACGCCGAUUGCUCUGAUGUCCACGUUGUCUUCGCCCGUGGUAGCGGUGAAUUGGCAGGGCUCGGCAUCUGCGGUGAGCCACUCGUGAGCGGCAUCACCUCCGACCUCUCUGGUAUGAGUGUCUCGUCGUACGCGGUCGACUACCUCGCUUCGUACGACCAGACCAGUGCCGGACCCGGCGCCACCGACAUGACCGACCACGUGGUGUCGGUCGCGGUCGAGUGUCCGGACACCGUAUUCGUGCUUGGUGGCUAUUCACAAGGUGCGAGUGUCACGGACAUCGCCAUUGGCAUCAAGACGGUGCUCGGCACUGGAAGCGUCAUCCCGGACACUCUGUCGUCGCGCAUCAAUGCCAUCGUGACGUUCGGUAACCCGCUCAAGCUCACGGGCGAAACUAUCUCAAGCGCCAGCUCCACGUACGGAUCCAAAGCCAUCGAGUUCUGCAACACUGGGGACCCAGUGUGCGGCAAUGGCGCCAACAUGCUGGCUCACUUGACGUACGCGACCGACGGCAGCGUGACUACUGCAGCGCAGAAGGCCGCGGCGUUGGUGAAGGGGAGCACGAGAGCGCUGCGUGCGUAA